AUGACGAAACUUAUUUUGUGCUGUGUAUGUGCUCAUCAAAUAGUAUAUAAGGUGCUGGGAUGGACCUCUGGGCAGUCACGGACCAUCACGAUGCAGCACCUCGCUCUCUUCUUGGUGUGCCUGCUGGGUUCUGCCCUGGCACUGCCCUCCCAGACCUUUCUGGGAAGGAAGGCUUCAGGCCGCAUCAUUGGGGGAAUAAACGCGGACAUUGCCGACUACCCGUGGCAGGUGUCCUUCCAGAAGUUGGGUUCGCACAACUGUGGAGCGUCCAUCAUCAGCUCCAACUGGGUCCUGACGGCGGCCCACUGCGUGGACGGCCUCAGCCUCUCAUGGAUGAGUUUCCGGGUCGGCAGCUCAAUCCGCGAGAGCGGAGGCUCCGUCCUGCAGGCGUCUUCUGGCUUUAUGCACGGCAAAUAUGACAGCGACACAGCUGACUAUGAUAUUGCCGUUGUUCAGGUAUCCGGUUCGCUGCUCGGCAGCAACGCUCAGGCGGUGGGCCUGCCCUCUGACGACUACGACCCGGCAGGUGGUCUGGCGGUGACGGUGACCGGCUGGGGAUACACCAGCACUGGAGGACCUGUAGCCGACAUCCUUCAGAAGGUCGACAUCAGCAUCGUGGACCGCAACAGGUGCAGAAGCAUCUUCGCCGAAAUUAACACUGUGACCGACCGCAUGGUGUGCGCUGGUCAGGCCGGCCAGAGCGUCUGCAACGGCGACUCUGGCGGCCCCCUGGUCAGCGGAAACAUGCAAGUGGGCAUCGUCUCCUGGGGGGCGAGGAUCUGCGAGGCUAGGCCGGCAGUCUACUCCAAUGUCGGCAACCUGCGCUCCUGGAUUCGCUCUGCAGCUGGUGUCUGAUUUCAGCAGGCCCUCAGCUGACCUGCCUUUCUGGCUCCAU